CAUAUGUAUACGGCAAACUGACAACCGAUUAGAUACCCCUUCUGCUUCGCGAGUCUCUUCCUAUUCUUCUAUUUUAUCGCUCCAUUUUGUACACUUUUACUCCUGAAAAUUCUAGGGUUAGGGUUUUCAAAUUCUUAGCAAAAAUUUAUAGCUAAUCGUAUCUAUACUGGUUUUUGUGUGUAAACGUUUUUGCUCAUGGAGUCUUCUAUUGUGAUCAAGGUCAAGUAUGGAGAGACACUAAGACGAUUCAAUGCCCGUGUUGCUGAUGAUAAACUUGGUCUUAACAUAGAUGGAUUAAAAGACAAGAUCUUUCAACUUUUCAACUUUCCUCCCGACAGUGAACUUACACUAACAUACAUUGAUGAGGAUGGAGAUGUUGUAACACUUGUUGAUGAUGAAGAUCUGGAGGAUAUCACGAGCCAGGAACUGGAUCCCCUGCGAAUAUCUGUGAGAUUGAACACUGAAAAACUUAGAUCUUCGGGUACAUCUAGUGGUAAUUCUACUUCCGUCAGAGCCCCACUGAUCCAGCCUACAUUUCCAAACAUAAAUACGAGUGUUUCUGAUCUUCUCAAGUCUUUGCCAAAAUCAAAAAGCAGAAAAAUCCUAAAGCACUCUGCAGAUAUGGCAUCUAAAGCCUCAUCAGCUGCCCGAGAAAUUGCUGAGCUUUCCAAGGCUCUCUCUGUGACUGGCUUAUCCUACUUAAAGCAGGCUUGUCCAGUCUCCGGAGUACCUAUGGGUGGCGUUGGAAGUAGAGAGCCAUCUCAAGCAGCGAAUGCUGAAGAGCUGACCGUUAAAACUGCAGCACAACCCAAAAAUCAUACUGUAUCCAUAGAUGCCUCAAAAUUGAAGUCUUCCCAACCAGAUCAAAAUGAAAUUCAGUGUGAAUCAUUAUCCAAAAGUCCUAACCCUAACUCAUCUCUGGUAGACAGUAAGAAGGAAGAGGGUAACAAAUUUGGUGAUUCCCAUCUUGUUGGGAAGGCUCUUGGUAUUUCAUAUUCUAGUGCCUCAACCACUGGCCGAGAAAAGAGAGCUGAUGAACAGCCACUUGAGAAUCACCCUGGUGCUGAGCCUGUUGGUGCUGUUGGUUCCUCCGGUAUGCUUUCUGAUGGUUUGAGAUCUCCAAGUUCAUAUUCCACGAACAGGGUAGUGCCUCAGUUGAAAAAUGCUAUUCAACCUCAAUACUCUCCUUUCCAUAUCCCAGUUAACAGGAGCCAUAAUCACAGUGAUAGGACAGCCUCUGUUUUCCACAGAGGUGUUUGCUGUGAUGGUUGCGGGGUUCAUCCAAUAACUGGCCCUAGGUUCAAAUCUCUAGUAAAGGAGGACUAUGAUCUCUGCAGCAUAUGCUUUGCACAAAUGGGAAAUGAUGCUGAUUACGUCAGAAUGGAUCGUCCUGUUACUUACCAUUAUCCCUCAGCUUUCAAGGCUUUACAUGAUCCUCGUGACAUCUUUCGAGGCUGCGAGGUAAAAUCGCCUAAGGUGGACAGCCGCUUCACACUGGAUGUCAAUGUACUUGAUGGUACUAUCAUGGCUCCAUCGACUCCAUUUACCAAGGUCUGGAGAAUGAGGAACAAUGGUAAUAUUGUCUGGCCACAAGGAACAAAACUUGUUUGGAUUGGGGGAGAUAGAUUCAGUGAUGCAGUCUCUGUUGAAUUACAGAUUACUUCGGUUGGCUUGGCUGUAGACCAUGAUCUUGAUGUGGCAGUUAAUUUUACAGCUCCUAAGCUUCCUGGUAGGUACAUCUCCUACUGGAGGAUGGCCUUGCCUUCAGGGGAGAAGUUUGGGCAGCGCGUAUGGGUGCUUAUCCAGGUUGAUUUUUCAAUGAUCCCACCGAAAAAGGAGUUUUUUUAUGAAGCGUCUCAGGACCUGGACUUGAAUUUUCCUCCGGCCAGCAAUGAUAUAGCUGGUUCUGAAACUAUUAAUGUGCAUGCAGACAUUACAAUGGAUGAUAUAAUUGCUGACCCUAAAAUCUCAAACCCUGCCAUGGAAUUGGUUGGGCCGGUGGUUGAUGGAAACCGAAACAAGGAGCAGGAGUCCAAGUCAUGUAUUUCUUCUUCUGCAGCUGGUUCGUCAAUUUCAUAUCCCAUUGAUUUAUCUGAGGCAGCACCAGCAGUUACUUCUGCUGCACCACCCUCUGUCACAGAGGUGCAGGCAUCUUCACAGGAUGAUAUCGAGAUGGCCCUCCUGAAGGAACUGGGGGGAAUGGGUUUCAAACAGGUUAACUUAAACAAAGAAGUCUUGAGGAUGAACGAGUAUGACUUGGAUCAGGCAGUAGCUGAUCUUUGUGGUGUUUCUGAGUGGGAUCCUAUCCUUGAAGAGCUGGAGGAGAUGGGAUUCCACAACAAAGAGAUGAACAAGGAGUUGCUCAAGAAGAAUAAUGGCAGCAUUAAGCGUGUUGUGAUGGAUCUUAUUGCUGGAGAGAAUUAGGAUCUAGUUAGUAGUACUUGUUGCAAUAUAUUAUGCUUUCAGUAGACUAUGGUAUUAAUAACUUUCUAGACUGAACAGGAUGUUCUGGUGACUUUGUUUCCUUCUGUGGCCUUGCACAUUAAUAUAUGCUCUGAAAUUUCUUAGGGUCA